CUAAUCUAAUGUCAUGUCAAAAAUCUGUCAAACAUUCAAAGGUCACCUUGGUCAAGUACAAGAACAAGACCGAAACAGAUUUAAAUUCGCGAUUCUCAUAUUUGUUUUGGAUCCAGGGGUGUAUUUGUAUCCUCAGGGAUGGAUGGGACAACGCAAAGAUUUAUUGAGAGGGGUGCCCAUAAAGGGAAGGGCCUUGCCGUGUUCACCAGUGGUGGAGAUUCCCAAGGAAUGAACGCCGCUGUUAGAUCCGUGGUUAGAAUGGGAAUCUACCUGGGAUGCAAGGUGUACUUCAUUCGUGAAGGAUAUCAAGGCAUGGUGGACGGUGGUGAUAAUAUUGAAGAAGCCAAUUGGUCGUCCGUAAGCUCUAUUAUCCAUAAGGGUGGUACUAUUAUUGGAUCUGCCCGCUGUAUGGAUUUUAUCAAAAGAGAAGGCCGUCUCAAAGCUGCUUUUAACUUGGUGAGCCGAGGCAUCACCAAUUUGGUGGCAAUUGGUGGUGAUGGCUCCCUUACUGGUGCCAACCUAUUUAGGCAAGAGUGGUCCAGCCUACUUGAUGAACUGCUGGAAAAUAAUAGGAUUACAAAGGAUCAGAGAGAGAAGUACAAGCACCUGCAUCUUGCUGGAAUGGUUGGCUCAAUCGACAAUGAUUUCUGUGGUACUGACAUGACCAUUGGUACUGACUCUGCCCUGCAUCGCAUUAUUGAGGCUAUCGAUGCUAUCGUCAGCACUGCUUACUCCCACCAAAGGACAUUCAUCAUGGAGGUUAUGGGCCGCCACUGCGGUUUUCUUGCAGUUUACACCGCCCUGUGUACGGAUGCUACUUAUAGUUUUAUUUGCGAAGACCCAGCGCCCCUCAAUUGGGACAAAAAGUUGUGUGCUAAAAUACGCGAGGAAAGGAAAUCGGGACAGCGUCUGAACAUCAUCAUCGUUGCGGAGGGCGCUAUCGACCGCGAAGGCAAGCCGAUCACGGCCGAGCUGGUGAAGAAAGUGGUCGUUGACAACUUGCAGCAGGACACCCGUAUCACGGUGCUGGGUCAUGUGCAGAGGGGAGGCUCACCCUCGGCCUUUGAUAGGAUCUUGGGAUGUCGCAUGGGUGCCGAAGCUGUGAUGGCUUUGAUGGAGGCUACUCCAGAGACGGAAGCGUGUGUGGUGACCCUGGAUGGAAACCAGGCCGUGAGGCUUCCCCUCAUGGAGUGCGUGCGCCGCACUAAAGCCGUCGCCCAGGCCAUGGCCGACAAGAAUUGGGAAUUGGCUGUACAGUUGCGCGGGCGCAGCUUUGCUCGUAACUUAGAAACCUACAAGAUGUUGACCCGCUUGAAGCCCCCCAAGGAAGCUUUCGAUGCGUCUGGUAAACCAUCUGAAGGGUACACCCUAGCUGUGGUGCAUGUAGGCGCGCCCGCGUGCGGUAUGAACGCGGCCGUACGCUCGUUCGUCCGUAACUGCAUCUACCGUGGCGACACCGUGCUCGGCAUCCACGACGGCAUAGAGGGGUUCAUCAGCGGCAACAUCGUCAAGAUGGAAUGGUCAGACGUGACGGGCUGGGUGGCUCAGGGCGGCGCUUUCCUGGGCACCAAGCGUACGCUGCCCGGGGACAAGAAGAGCGACAUCGCAGCGCGCAUCAAGCAGUUCAAUAUCCAGGGCCUGCUCAUCAUCGGAGGGUUCGAGGCGUACCAAGCCGGUUUAGAGCUGUACGAAUCCCGCGACAAAUUCCCGGAGUUCUGCAUCCCGCUGGUGGUGAUCCCGUCCACCAUCAGUAACAACGUGCCCGGGACCGACUUCUCCCUGGGCGCCGACACCGCCCUCAACGAGAUCACUGAGAUAUGCGAUCGCAUCCGCCAGUCUGCUCAGGGGACCAAACGUCGUGUUUUCGUCAUUGAAACCAUGGGAGGCUUCUGUGGAUAUCUGGCUACUUUGGCAGGUUUAGCUGGCGGGGCCGACGCAGCCUACAUCUACGAAGAGAAGUUCUCCAUCAAGGACCUGCAGCAGGACGUGUACCACAUGGCCUCCAAGAUGACCGGCGGCAUCCAGCGCGGCCUCAUCCUCAGGAAUGAGAAGGCCAACGACAAUUACAACACAGAUUUCAUCUAUCGCCUCUAUUCCGAAGAGGGUAAAGGAUUGUUCACUGCUAGGCAGAAUGUGCUCGGUCACAUGCAACAAGGUGGUUCCCCGACUCCUUUCGACCGCAACAUGGGCACCAAAAUGGCCGCCAAAUGCCUGCACUGGCUUGUAGACGCCUUACAGAAAGGCCCCGCCAACACCCCAGAGUCUGCCUGUCUACUUGGCGUGGUCAAACGGCAGUACAAGUUUAGCCCAUUGGAAGAUCUGAAAGCACAAACAAACUUCUCUCAAAGAAUUCCCAAACAACAAUGGUGGAUGAAGCUGCGUCCAUUGCUGCGUAUCCUCGCUAAACACGACUCCACUUACGAGGAAGAGGGCCUGUAUAUGACCGUGGAACAAGGAGAGAUAGACUCCGAAGACGUUAUCUAAACAUGACAGUGAUCUACCUAGCUUUUAGUGUUGCCAGUCGCCAUAAUCUACAUCACUAUUUGCAGGGGCUAUGUUGGUAGAUGCAUAUUGUGCUGUGAGUAUAAAGGUUUUAUGGGUAAAACGCUUGUAGGAAAUUUUACAAAUUUUAUUUUAGUACAUUAAUUUUAGUCCAUUUGUAGUUUUAAAUGAAUCUAUUAAUGUUGAAAUGAAUCUAUUUAAACACUCAAACAUUUGUUUAGAAAAUUUCUCAAUGUGUUUUUGGAAUAUUUAUCACGCGUUACUGGGUAUAUUUUUAUUAUUGUGUGAAACAAUAUUGCUAUUUAAUAUUUAAGAUAACCACUAAGGUUUAGCAACACAUUUAGUUAUUCCACGAGCCGAUAGUUAUAAGUUAGACAAAAUAUUGUAUGGCUGUGGAAUUAUAAGUAAAAUAUAACAACUAACAAAUAUUUUUUAUUAUUUAAACAGAUUCAAUUAUUAUAUUAUUUAUUUUUGUAGUAUGAUACGUAUUUGACACCUCAUUUUAUAGUUUUAAGUAUAACAUAUAUUUAUUACAAAAUGACUUUUCAUGUACUAUAAAACAAUCUUUGUGGAUCAACAAUCAAUGGAAUUCAUCGUUAGAACCACAAAAAUCUGUGUGGUUAAUAAGACCUUAUGAAAGUCAAUGUAGGUUUUGUUUUUGUUUUUAUAGUUUUGAUGCCAGUGAAGUUAAUAUAAAAUCAGGCAAUUUAUAUUUUGUUUUCUAACAGUAUUUUGCGACAUUAAUUUGAUAGCUGAGAUUUUAUUUUUUAAUGUGUACGUUUCUAAUGUUAUAGAUGACGGCAAAAAUAUAAUAAUUGUUAAUUCUUAAAGAAUAAAUAUACUUAUUUGGUCAAAA